AUGGUUUUAAUCAAUGAGAAGAAAUACGCUUGUGACAAAUGCAUCAAAGGACAUCGAGUCACUGGCUGCACUCAUACGGAUCGACCUUUAUAUGAAAUCAAGAAAAAGGGUCGACCAACCACUCAAUGUUCUUGUUGUAAAGAAAAAAGGAAAUCUACUGGGUCGAGCGUUCAUAACAAAUGCAUAUGCGGUGAUACCAAGAAAUCAUCCACUACAAACAGUACCAUCCCACCUGCCGCUUCACCUUCCACCGCUUCCCAUGUCCAAAUCGAACAGGCUUUAUCCUCCAAUGCAGCAGAACAAAUGGAUGAAUAUGAUGAAUUCGAGCUAGAAACCAGAAAAGGACAACCCGGAUCUAAAGCUACUUUCCCCAGAGGGUUUAAGGAUGUAUUGGAACUUGCAGCAGCGGCGAAUGCUCUGGCUGGAAUGGUCGAGGAGGACAGCGCAUUCAAAGUAGCUGAACGAAGCGUCUCAGCUCUCUUGAAUCCAUGCAAAUGUGAAUCGGGAGGACAAUGCAAAUGCUGUCUCCCCAAAAAGAAAAAUGCAAAUGCCGAUUCUCUCGAUAUUCCUGAUGAUCCUCCUGCUUCUGGAGCCCAUGACAGCUCUUCCUCAGGUUCAAUUAUCCCGCGACCUAUUCCUGCACCCAUCCUGAAUCCAUAUCUCUCCCCAGGAAAUAUGCAUCAUCCAGCUCAUACAUCACCUCAUGUUCACAAGACCAAGUUGUACUCUCCAUACUCUAUCAAUCCCGCUUCUCAAAGUCGUCACGGUCGAAGAGACACGAUCAGUUCGGCAAGAAGUUCGGGUCGAGCUAGUCCUGUGACGAAAUCAUCACGUCCUCCAACUCGGAUCAAACCGUUGACUGAUUUUGGUCGACUGAUCGGAGCUGCCCUCAAUCAAGAUGGGACUCUGAACAAAGAGAUACCUCGUUCAGCUGUUGGACUACCGAGGCUACCAGGAAUCCAAACAUUCGACGUUGCAGCUGAGAAUGGUGGGACAAAGAUCGAGGCGAUGGAAAUGGAACAAGACAUCGAUAUGCCACUUGCAUUCCCUACAAAUGAAGAAGUCGUCAUUGGAGCUUGUUGUUGCGGGGAAGAUUGCGAAUGUCCAGGUUGUGCAACACAUGAUAACAGCGGUGUCCCUGCACGGGAACACGAUCAUGAAGGUGGGAACUCUUGUGGAGAAGGUUGUAAAGGCAGACAUGAUUGUAAUCAUUCUAUUGCUGUUCCAUCCGGAGUCAGAUCUAUAGCUCAACUUAUCUCUUUGGCCGCUUCUCAAGUCCCUCCUCCACCCGAAACCCAACACUAUUCAUCUCUCGAUCCUCAUGAUAUCCGAAUGUUACCUUCUUCAGCUCAAUUAAGCGAAGACGCAGCGAGAACUUUAGGAAUGGUCCAGCUAAAACCAUUAGAAUGCUGUAAUGGAAGAUGUCAGUGUGCAGCCGGACAAUGCACUUGCGAAAAAGAUUGUUGUGGCUGUUGUGUGAGAUGUGCCUGUUCAGAGGAAGAUGAAGAUGCUAGAAUGAACGAGGACGAACACCCACCGCCAAAUGAGAUCGUUCAACCAGCUGCAAAAUCAUCGUGCUGUUCAGGAAAGAAUAGUGUCCCUCAAUUUAACACAGUUCAAACCAAUCCACCAAAUCUAGCUCUCGCCUUACCUGCUCCUAUUCCUGUGCAACCUCCUUCGACUUUACUCUCUCCAGAAAACCCUAGACCCUCUUCCAUACAUUCGCAACAACCUUCACCUGUACAUUCAGGUACGACAACCCCGACACAUCCUGUCAGCGGAGCUGUUCGUCGUGCGACCUCCACAUCAUCCAAAAACCGUCGUGAAAGUCAUGACACCCCUUCAUCUCUGCAUCGUCGUGCAACAGUAACCGGAAAUCCACUUGCCACCACUGGACCAUCGAAGACAACGGCCAAAUCCAUUGCCGCUCAAAAUGUUCAGCUUCACAGAACAAUACUACCUAAACCUACCGCAUCACAUUUAGCCGUAAAAACAUCGAUAAACGGCAAUAAUGAUACUAGACAGUCCUCUCCUGCGGGAAACAACAUUGGUAUCACCUCGGCUGGCCAGACUAGAAGUACUAGUCCGACUGGGGCGGAGAUAAACCGAGAGUUCCCGAACUUUGAUGGUCAGACAUCGGGUUCGCAAGCGCAGAACCUGCCUCUUCCCACCUCUGUGCCGGUCCCGGCCGCACUGCACAUGCCGUCUCCGAUGAAUGCAAUGUUAGGAUCGUACCAGUGGCACCCACAGGCUCAGGAGAGUGGCCCUCAGCCUAUGUUCACUCCUCGACCAGAGGUGCAGAAUGGCCGCUUCCACCAAUACGAAUCGCAUCCUCCCAGUUCUACGCAAGUCCCUGUAUCGAGCGAUCUCGCCACCUCCUCCGAUCAUAAUAUAGAUCCUUGGAAUGCGGCGUUACUUGCAUUCUUACACAACUAUCCGCAAUCCAACUCCACGACGUCGCAAACUUAUCUAGAUGCCACAAACACAAUGAACGACCAAUGGUUUACGCAACCUCCUGGCCUGCAAGCUGCUAGCUCAGGUGAUACAUCACCUGAAUUAGAUCAGCCAAUUGAUAUCGAACAGUUCAUAGCUCAAGCUUUGAUGAACCAGCAAUCACAGCAGCAGGCUCAGCCAAUGCCGGUGCCGGACCCUGAUCUCGUCUCUGCAAACCAGUCUGGACCUUCUCAUACCGACUUCGACCCGGGGUUCAAUGAUUGUCUGCUCAAUUCCUCCCUGUUCACAUACCAAGAUCCUAACGCUUCAACCGAAUCUCAUUCCAUUACACCUCACUUUCCGUCAUCACAGGGAUACAUACCACAACCGCAACCCCUUCUACAAGACGCAAGUUCUGAAACUGGACCACGUUUCAUACCUAUGGUACCUGGUUUAUCUCCAGAUAUAACAUAUUCGCCCAACUGGACAUCUGCAACGGCAAAAGAAGAUAUCGUGCAAGAGGAAAAGCGGAAACUGGAUGAACUGAGAGCCAACGUCGACUCCCGUAUUUCACCACUACAUCAGCCUCCUCAGCAACAACAACAUGCACCGACACAGAGACAAUUCGAAAUCCCAGGUGGAGAUAUAAUCGAUCUCUCCAAACCUUUAGAUGCGAACGCUCUUAGUAAGAUCAUGCAAGCAUUGCAAAAACAUGGUGAACAAUUACCUGCUCAAGCUCCUGACUCCCUCCCUCCUCAAGCUCCUCCACCUCCACCUCCUGCAUCGCAAAUGUCAACUUUGUCAUAUGACCAGUCGAAUCUCAAUGAUAUAUCUACGGCAGGACACGGAGGAAGCACCAAUACGAGUAAUACCACUAAAGAAUUAGAUGAUAUGUUCAAUCAGUUCGUUACACUUGAUGGGAUAUCCUCCAAUCCUCAAUCAAUACAAUCGAUAGACCCACUCCUGGAUACCAGUGGAAACAAUGGUGCAUGGAUCGGAUUACAGGAUAUGGACGGAAUGACAGGUGUCGGUGUGGCAGGUUGGGAAAGAGGUGGUGGAAUGUGGAGUUAG